GCCGGAGAUCCCAGCUGCGCACAUCAGAUAUUUAGAGAAAUAAAUGGCGCACAUCGUCAGACAUCACCCCAUUUCAAAUGACUUUUUGAUUCGCUUAAAAGUGUAUGGUGAUUUUGCGAAAUGAUCUAUUGUCAGUGAAAAUUUAUACUUUAAUUCGCGAAAAUGGGUGAUAAUAACUCGCAAUUUCCAACUGGCGAUUUCAAUCUUAAUGAAAUUGCUGGUAUUGAUGAUUUUUUAAAUCAGUACGAAAGUGAGUUGAUGAAAACCGAUGACUUAUUCGAAGAUGAUGCACUUUUAUCACAGUUUGAUGCUCAAAUUCCAAUGGACGACUUGCCAUUGGACCUUAUUGGAAAUAUGGAAAAUGGGAUAGAAAUAAGUGGUCAAAGCUACACAGAAAACGUGCCACAAAAUAAUGCGUUUAACACUCCUCAAGUGGUGUCAGCCUACGAAAACUCUCAAAUAUUGACCAAUGCAGCUAUAAGUACACAGUUACCUAACGUUCCAGUUAAAAAUGUAUCCCUUCAAAACCAAACUGCAGUAAUUAUAAGCCCUGCCAAUGCCUCAGCCCCUCAAAAAGUGGUUUACCAUUUACCAGUCCAAACAAACCAACACAUAAUAUUGCAGCAACAGCAAAGGAAAGACAUUUCUCCAAAAACGCAACCCGUUCUUGUGCAAAAUGUUGGGCAGUUACCACCUGACAAAAUGCCUCAAAUCAUUAAAAUAAUUAAAACUGAAUCUCCCACUCAAUCAACAUUUAUGUACACAACAAGUAAUCCAACACCAUCAUUGCAUUCUAUUCUCAAUAACAAUGCUCAGAUUUUAACUACCACUAGUAUUCCAUUUAUGCUAGAUACUGAUAAUAAAGUUGCUAUUAACAGAAUGCCUCCUCACAAAGAAGUAAAAGUUAAGGAAGUAAAAAGGAGUGCACACAAUGCAAUUGAGAGAAAAUAUAGAACAAGCAUUAAUGAUAAAAUUGUAGAAUUGAAGGAUAUUGUAGUAGGAACAGAUGCAAAGUUAAAUAAGUCUGCCAUCUUAAAGAAGACAAUAGAGUACAUUCGAUUUUUACAAAAUUCAAAUUCAAGACUUAAACAAGAGAACAUGGCCCUUAAAAUGUCUGCAAACCGUAAUACACUCAAAGGACUUCUUACAACUGGCAGUGAAAUAACAUAUGGACCUGAGGAUACACCACCUCAUUCAGAUAUUUCCUCUUUAUCUCCGGUCCAUUCUCUUCCUUCAAGUCCAGAAUAUUCCACAAAUAUUAAAGACGAAAGUGAUGAGGAAUGUGUUGGUGUGGUCAGAGGAAUGAUGGAUCAAUCAAAACUAACUUUAUGUAUGUUUAUGUUUGUUAUUGUGGCUUUUAAUCCAUUUGGAACUGCCUUUAAUAAACUCACUGGUGCUGGUUCUGGUGCUGACAGCUACAGUGGAAGAGGAAUUCUUUGGAAUGAACCAAGCAACUUGCCCAUUUAUACAUCUACAAUUUUAUUAUCCCUAUUUAACUUUAUGGUUUUUGGUGUUUGUCUUAUAAAAAUGUUUGUUUAUGGCGAUCCUGUAUUACCAACCAAAUCUAAGCAGACUCAAAACUUUUGGCAACAUAGAAGGCAAGCCGACAAAUUUUUAAAAGAAGGUGAUAGACUUGGUGCCAAACAGGAGCUACUAAGAAGUUUACAAUGUUAUGGCAUAUCUUUACCCACAAGUCGAAUUGAAUUAUUUUUGUGCUUUGGGUGGCAACUAUUUCGUCAAGUAAUGCACCGUUUCUGGAUUGGAAAAUAUCUAUCUAGGCAUUGCGGUGGCUUUUUUGUUAAUGGAGCAUUAAGACAUGAAGCCCAAAGUUCCUGCAAAGAAUUGGCUUUGGUUUAUAAUGAUUUGCAUAAAAUUCAACUAAUUGGAGGUGAAGAAGAGACCUGUCACUUAUUUGGUUUAACUACAUCUUUAAGUGCGUUAAAUAUGGCUGAAGCUGCGAAUGGAAGGUUAAGUUCCAUUAACUUAAUUGAUAUAUACGUUGGAGUUGCUUUAAGGGUGAAAGCCAGUUUUCCAGCCUUUAUGUACCCAAUUCAAGUGUAUUAUUUGGGACUUGCCAAGUUAGCUUCCACAAAUUCAUGUGAUCCUAUACCAUCAAGGUUGCAAUGGUUGUUUACUCCAUCAGGCUACAGGUUCUUUUUAUCAUACAAAAACAUGAAAUGUACUAGAGAUUUACAAUUUACAUCUAAAGGAACUGUUCUUGAUCCUUUGGCUUUGAAAUUAAAACAUUAUAGAGAAAAUCUAUUGGAGAGCUCUUUAAAAGUAAUAGUAGCUCCUGGUUCUAAAAAUGACGACAAAAAAACUGAAAUUUCUGAUGUUUUAACAUAUGUUAAACUUCUACAUGAUAGUUUUUCUGUUGAAACUAAAGCAAUUUUUGGCUCUAACACAGCUACAAAUUAUCAUGAUCAAGUGGCAGAAUGGUGGACAGCUUUUAUCUCUGUGGCUUGUUAUUGGUAUUUAGGAGAAGAUGGUGACGCUGAAAAAGCAUAUAAAAAAAUUGAAACUGUACCAGAAGUUUUAACCAGUUCUACAAACCCAAUACCCAAAACAAUUAUAGCUGCUUAUAUUGCUAGAAAAAAAUAUUUGAUGGAUGGUAAUCAAAAAAAGUUGACAAAGCAAUGUGAUUAUGCAAGUCAAUUGUUGGCUGACAGUAUCACUUAUUCUAGCUGCAAGAAAAAGGAUAAACUUGUUAAUAUGGUUCUACUGGUUAUUUGUGACUGGUUACUGGAAACUAGAACUGCAAUGUGGGAGGAUAGUGUAGAAAAUGGCAAUACCGGACCUGUCUCCAAUAAUUAUUUAACAGCUUUUCAAAAGGAUCUUAAUUCGUUGAGAUCUUUAGCUGAGCAAAUGCCGUCUGUUGUAUCCCGCGUUUUUCUUUACGAUGCAACUGCUAGAUUAAUGGCUGGAGCCGCACCAGGAAGAACACAACAACUUUUACACAGAAGCCUAAGACACAGGCACUUAAAAACCUCAAUGAUUUGCAAAAAAGGAGAUAGGGAUGAUACUGUUAAUGGAACAGAACGUCAACAUGCUGCAGCAUUGUAUAUGGCAUGUAAACAUCUUCCAGGUCAGUUAAUGUCUUCACCUGGGGAAAGAGCAGGUAUGUUAGUGGAAGCAGCAAAAACCUUGGAAAGAAUUGGAGAUAAAAAGAAACUUCAAGAUUGUUAUAAAUUAAUGAAAGCACUUGGUACAAAUGCUGUUACUAACUAAGUAUAAGUAGUAAAAGGUAACACUUUUUUAGUUUUGUAAGCUUUAACUUGUAUUUAGUUUUUAGAGUUUAUUUAUGUAAAUAAUUUUAUACGUUUAUUUUAUUUUUAUUAAAGACAUCAAAAUUA